GCUCUGACCAGACUGCUGCUGCACAGUUUAGCACAAUUAGCUAUGUUGCCAGCCAGCAAGUCAGCUAACCUUCGAGUUUCGUCCAUGUAACAACCAUGCACCCUGAGUAAAACCGAAUAGAUAUCAGCGAUUCAGUCCUUGAUACAACCUUGCAGUAAAGACGGCAAAUGAAACCUUAGUCCCUUUCGUCCUUCAUCAGCCCUCCCUAGGUGACUAGGAGGGCCUGUUCCACCAAGCUGUCUUCAGGGAGCGGAGUUGUCCAGGGCGCCUGGAGAUAGCCUAAAGCCCAUAUCGGAUCUAAAAGCGCUUCAAUCGGAUUACACAAUGUCCCAGAGCGCUGAGGCUUUGGGCGGGCCGCCCGAGCCCGCUCCGAGGAUCACGGUGGAAGAUCUCUCUAAUCCGCCGGGACAAUCUCCUCCAGGCCCUCAGCCUCACGCCUCCACCUCCUCUGAGCAGAACGCGCCCAGGGUGGAGGAGACCUCGCCGUCCUCGACCGGCUCCUUCGAGAUCAUCGACAUGGACGCGGUUCCGCCCGAGUACGAGGCGGUCCUGCCCCACUGGUUCUACUGCCGCCGGGCCGACGCCAAGGACUCCUGGCUCCCCUUCAGCCGCGAGGACUCCCAGAGGCUGGAGGAGGCCAGCGGGGCGGGUGGGAAGGAGGAGGUGGUGGUGGCCACGGAGGGCGAGCGCUACGACGUGAAGCUGAGGGAGAGGAAGCGCUACGCUGUGUACUGGGAGCAGGCCCCCUCCGAGGUGCGCAGGUGCACCUGGUUCUACAAAGGGGACAAGGACAGCCGCUACAUGCCCUACCCCGAGGAGUUCAGCGAGGCCCUGGAGGAUGCCUACAUGAUUGCAGUGACUCUGGAUGAAUGGAAGAGGAGGCUUGAAUUUCCCACCGGAGAAACCGUCAUCUUGCACAACCCCAAGCUCAUCAUGCAGUACCAGCCAAUCAGCAUGCAGGAGGAGUGGGUGUCGUCGCCCUCCGAGCAGACCCGCCCCCGCACUGUGAAGAGGGGCAUCGAGAACAUCGUCGUGGAGAUCCCCGACGGGGAACCGGAGACGGUGGACCACCUGGUGUUCAUGGUGCACGGGAUCGGCCCUGCCUGCGAUCUGCGCUUCCGCAGCAUCAUCCAGUGUGUGAAUGACUUCAGGAGCGCCUCUCUCAGUCUGCUCAACACGCACUUCAAAAAGGCCCAGGACGAGCAGAAGAUCGGGCGUGUGGAGUUCCUCCCAGUCAACUGGCACAGCGCCCUGCACGGAGACGCCACUGGGGUGGAUGAGGACAUUCAGAGGAUCACUCUCCCCAGCAUCAGUCGGUUGCGUCACUUCACCAACGACACGCUGCUGGACCUCUUCUUCUACAACAGCCCCACGUACUGCCAGACCAUCGUGGACACGGUGUCCUCCGAGGUCAACCGCCUGUACCACCUGUUCCAGCAGAGACACCCGCAGUUCACCGGGGCCGUGUCGGUGGCUGGGCACAGCCUGGGCUCUCUCAUCCUGUUUGACCUCUUGACGAACCAGAAAACCAGUGGAAGUGACGCUGGUGGUCAGCAGGGCACAGCCAACGGGGAGGCGGGCCCUCCGGACUUCUCCAGCCUGGAGGAGGCUCUGCACACACUGGGCCUGGAGGAACACCUGGCCCUGCUGAAGAAGGAGCAGAUGGACCUGGACUCUCUGGCUCUUUGCUCAGACAGCGAUUUGAAGGACCUUGGACUCCCGCUGGGACCGCGUAAGAAGAUCCUGGGUUUCACCCGGAGGAGAAGAGUCCUUCAGGAGUGCCGGCUGGGCGUGCCGGUCCUGGCCCCGGGCCUGCAGGCGAGCCGGGAGGAGCGGAACCUUCCGGAUCUCUCCCGGGGGCGGCCCCGGGCGCCACCCCGUCCUCGGCCCCUCUCCACCAGCGCCGUGGACUACGAGUACUUCGACGUGGGAAUCGGACAGGUGUCGAUACACUACCCCCAGCUGGCCUUCCAGCCGCAGGUGUUCUUCGCCUUCGGCUCGCCCAUCGGCAUGUUCCUCACGGUGCGCGGCCUGAAGCGCAUCGACCCCAACUACACCUUCCCCACCUGCAAGAGCUUCUACAACAUCUACCACCCGUUUGACCCGGUGGCCUACAGGAUCGAGCCCAUGAUCGUGUCAGACGUGGAGAUUGAGCCCAUGCUGAUCCCGCACCACAAGGGCAGGAAGAGGAUGCACCUGGAGCUGAGGGAGAGUCUCACGCGGAUGAGCACAGACCUGAAGAACAACGUGCUGGGCUCUCUGCGCACGGCGUGGCAGUCCUUCUCCCGCCUGCCCAUCGCUGCGCUGCCCCCUGUGGGCGAGGCGGAGUGCGCAACGGCGACGGUGGAGUCGCCUCCCGACAGCACGGACGCCGGGAAAGAAUCGGUUAAACGGAAAGAGUGUAAGCCCGAUUUUUGGAAAAAAAUUCUGGACUGGCCCAGAGUAAUUAACUUGAAUUACUUCCAAGGCGUGAAGGUGGAGGAGGCGGAGUCUCCUCAGGAGACGCCCAGCGAGGAGCAGAACAUCCAGAUCGGGAUGCUGAACGGGGGCCGGCGAAUCGACUACGUGCUGCAGGAGAAGCCCAUCGAGAGCUUCAACGAGUACCUGUUUGCCAUCCAGAGCCACCUCUGCUACUGGGAAUCGGAGGACACGGCACUCCUGCUCCUGAAGGAGAUCUAUGAGAAACUGGGCGUGGUUUUCGAGCAGUAGGACACGGUGACGUGGGGCUGAAAUGACUGGAUGAAGGACCAUAGAUACGACUGAUUUUUCACUACGGAUCACCCUGUGUCAUUCGGCGUGACUGUCAUUCAGUCCUCCAGCCCUCUCUGACCAACCAAGAGCUGAACCUCCAGCCCUCUCUGACCAACCGAUGGAAACUUACCUGUCCUCUCCAUGGGAACACGAGGGCAGAAUGGGUUCUGUACAGACAGAGUGAACUUCUGAGGAGCCCAAAUCUCAAGACGUUCAUCAGUACACUACUACUGCUUACACAAUAAGACCACUUCUGACAAUUCUACAUUAUAGACUCUUCAGCCAUGUAUUUUUUGGGGGAUGGCGUUUGAUUCAGAUGGCUUUCUGAGUCUUCGGACUGUCGAACUUUGCGUCUAACGGUUUCAUCUGACACUGAUCCGAGUCCCUGCCAUAACCUUUUGAUACAGCGCAGGUGUGCAGUUUUUCUCUCAGUUUUCUCCCAGUGCAGAAUUCUUGUACAUUUCUUCUUCUGUGGUUUUGCGCGUACAGGCUCAGGGGGGCCUCGGUGAUUCCUUUAGGUUUGUUUUGCAUGAAAUGCGUUCUCCUGGACUCCUCCUGGAGCAUGUCUGCUGCAGUUUGCACUUUCUUUGCUACGAAGCUUACGCAUGCGUGUUUAGCACUUUCCCAGAAACUACAUUAACCAUAAUGCCCUGUUCUUCCCCUACCCGGUAUUCCAUGUUCUUACCUCCUAGUCUUUAUUUUGCUUUUACUUCAGGGUAUUAUCAGUGGUUCAACAAAUAAAAUUUGAAUGUUAAUGUUGCUUAUUGAAGGAAUUAAUAUGAAAAUAGUGGAACAAAGUGACUGACGUGUCUGUUGUGCUACCUCGGGGAUGGGCCUUGCUCGUGUUUUUUUGUAGCCUCUAGUCCGGGUGCAUGUUGGGUGUGGGGAAGCUACAGUGAGAUGGCCUUCCCCAGGGCCAAGCAAUGGAGUUAAUGCUGCUUGUGUACUGAUGCUCUGAUUUCAAGCCCCUGCUCUCAUUCCCCCGUGGGAACUGUAACAUUGUCCUGUGUGGUUUAAGGUGCUGUUUCCCCAUUACUAAUAUCUAAGUUGGCCAAAAGAACAAACAUAUGAAACCAUAACUGGCAAUAAGGAUCCCGGGUCCACCUAUUCUCUGUGGUUAGGUUAAAUAGUAGCAUAAAUUUGUCUCUAUUUAAUGAUCGUUCAAAACCGCAGAACGCAAGUUAAUCCAUUCCACCCUCUUCGACUAAAACACGGCUUGAAUGUGUAUCUAUUCUCCACAGUUACUGUUAUAUGUGUACCUUCCACUCCGAGUGUUAUGAUGGAUGGUGGUGAUGAUGAUGGUGACGGUGAUGAAGGUUGAGUUCCCCUGCUGGCCCCAAGGGCGUGAGGGAACAGGACUCUGUGUUUAUGACGGUCUCUCAAAACUGUAGUGCAUUUCAUUUUUAGGAAAGAAACGCUAGAACUCCGGUUGGAGGGUAGAGGUUGCAUUGACCAUUUUUCCCUUUUCCAAAAUGUGUAAGUAGACCAUCUUGUACUCCACAUCCUUCCUCCAGUAGCAGGGAUGUUUCCCCCUCAAUAUGCACUUUAUUUUGUGUAUUCAAACCAAAAAAACUUUAUUUAUCAUGUGUCAUACAGUAUGUUUACAUAUUGUGUAUGCCAUAAUAAACAUUAACUAUA